GACUUGUUUAAUGGCCCACAGAGCCACCUUUGGUGGGGUUUCAUUCCUGUCUAGUGCACAAAACCCAGCGUUAGUCCAAAGUCAAACACUCAGAUAUCUCCAUCCUGAAACCCUUGGUAUGUUGCCUUUGGCCCCUGGGCUCAAUGAUUUCAUUCACCUCAUGAAAGUGGGAAGUUUUGUGUGUCUUGAAGUUUAGAAUAAUAACAUUUUAGGCAGAAUUGUUUGCAAAUUUUGCUCUGUAUCUGUCUCAAUGAGACAUUUCCCAAACGUACUUAAAUGCAAACAGGUCAAUAUUUUAAGCAACUUUUGCCUUAAUAAUUAAGCAUUUACUACUUUCACUCUCUUCAUGAGAAUGGUUUGUCCCUCCCUAGAGUGCAUGGGAGAGGAACUAGCAUUCCUCUGGGAUAUGCUGCCACUGCAUUUAUUUGGGAACACCCCAUAAAGGCCCUCGCUCUCCUUGUGGAGUCCAAUAUACCAAGGGUUUGAAUAAUUAUGCUUUAAUUCAAAAGUGAGAUCUUCCAAGAGGUGCCACAUGGGCACUGGUCCUAGUUUUUUAAUCCAAGUUGUCUUGUUCAUCCUUGAUAUAUUUAAUAGAAUUUCGCUAAAUAAUAAACUCUUCUCUCUGUUAUUUGUGUGUGUGAUUUUUGUAGUGGAGAAGGCAAAUGCAAAGCCCUUCCAGAUGACUGAAAAACAGUGGGUCCUCUGCAGCUACAGGGGAUUCUAGCCAUUAACUAAAGGCCAGCAAGCACUCAAGUCCCCAAGUGUUUUCCUGGUGUAACCACUUGUUAACUACAUUUUCUCUUCUUCUUUUUAUUUUUACAUUUUAGGGUGUUACAGUAAUUUGAAAGGCAAUGAGCAGGGUUUUUGGAACUUACCUUAAAAGCAAAGUGCUGAGAAGACACCUCUUCUUACAGAAGUCUUAUUAAACUCUUCUAGACUUGCUUUAGAAGUAACUGAUUUCCAUUGUACUUGUACUUUUCUUGAUUUACUUCUGGGAAAGCUUGAAUUUAAUAAAAUCUUGCAGAUUAAGUUUGGUACAUGGCCUGGGGUCAGACCUGUAAUCAAGACACUGUAAUGCUGUAGCUGUCUCUUGAGGCCUGGGGAGCUGUCCUAUCUUAUCUUUGUAUUCCUGACGCGUAAAAGAUAUGAAACUUAACAAAUGAAACUUAAUCCCUGGAGUGUAGGAAUGUGCAGCGUGGCCUUUGAGCUGUGCUGCUCUCUGAGGGUACAGACCCCCCCCUGCAAUGGAGUUACUGCUCCUGCUGCCACUAGUUGAGGUGUAAUAGCAGAGCUGAAAGGCAUCUUGUCCUUGUCUGUGUGUUAAAUACAGCACCAGUCCAGCAGAGUUAGUGCUGGAAUGUUCUCCAAGGCCCAUGUGAAUAAUGUCCGUGUUUAACUCUUCCUACAAGGAUAAAACUACUUUUCUCUUUGUCAGUCUCGCUUUGUCCACUGUGGAUAAAUCUGGCACACAGAGAAACCUGCCCAGUAGUUUUGCUUGAGAUUGUGUAAAGAAAAUCAAAUUAUUAAAGCAGAAUAUUGUAAUGGGCCUGUUAAAUCAAGGAGUUCCUCGUGGGCUGUACCUUGUGGUGUUUGAGCAGUUCAGAAUUUGAUGGUUUUGGCAUAUCACAAGAGAUAUGUUCAGCCAAUAACAUAUUGCCCCUGAUUUGGUAAUCCCAUGGUCCUGUCCCUGUACUGGAGAACAGUUUUCCCUUAAAAUUCAGAGUGCAGGGGUCCCAGUUGAACAAACUGAGCACCAAACAGCAAGUUUAAGAACCCCAGUGACACUGCUCAUGUGCUUAAAGCCAGGCAUGUGCUGAACUACUGUGAACGGGGCCCUCCUCUCUCUGGUUUCUACUGUGCUGAUUAAUUCUGUGUCAAUAUUGCCUGUCACUAAAGCAAAUGUUUAUUAUCUGUUCAGUGCAAUAAUUCCCCCCCUAUCCCAAGUUUUAGCUCACACAGACACUUUGGUGGUGGCUGUUGCUUUGUGUUAUAGAACUAUACACAAAGGCUACGGUAAGGUUUAGUAUUUGUCAUUUUCUCUGGGCUAUUCCUGGAUUUGGAAGGAACUCUUAAGGUUAAAGAUGGCUGGGGGGGGUGUUUAGGUUCUUUGGUUAAUGUUUGUUUCUUUUGUCUGUUUCUUUUUCUUUCAUUUCUACACAUUCAUGCAGUAUUUCAUGGUUCUAACAAAGCAGCAGUAAAAAAAGCUCUUGAAGCAUGAAAAUUAACUGGUGAGGGGCCUCAUUGCUUUUUUUCAAUUGUAGUUUAUUUAAAUACUUUUUAAAGAAACUAUUAGAGGAUCAGAUGCAUGAUUUUUUUUAAUGGAUGCAGAUCUUCUAUGAGGUGUCUCGAGCUAAGUCUGAGGAUUUGUAUUUAGAUGCCAGAAAUGUUGUAGUUGCGCUAAUUUGAAAUGUUUAGCUGUAAUUGAUAAAUAUCCUCUGAGACAUAAUUUUGCAUGCAAAAUUACCCCAUAAUCUCUCUGUAGGUAUGUUGAUAUAUUUAUGCAUUACUGCCCUUUGCCUCCAUGACCUUUUUCCCCCUGUCCCUCCAUAACUUUGGGUAUCUAAAUUGCUGCCAGCUCAGUGCCACGGGCCAGAUAACAGUGCUGUGUAUUGUACGUUUGUGUAGAUUAUCGGCACUUCUCAGUAUAGGUGGGAGGAACCAUUACCUUUAUUUAACAGUGGUUUUUCUUUUUUGUUGUUGUGUUUUACAGUUCUUUUCCCUGGUUCAGCCUGAACUAUAUACCAGGCCCUGCUGAAAAUACCACCCAACAGUUUUCUUCUGCAGCUUAUCCAGUUUCUCUUAAGUGCCCUGUACAUAUUGUAUGUUUUAUGAUGAGAUGCAGUUUCUUAAUGUGUAUUACAGAAACACUACUGGUAUUUGCAAAUAUAUAGUAAAAUUGUUUUAUUGAACUCUCAUUUUGGGGGCUUGGGCACAUUAACAAAUUAAUCCAUCUGUAUAGGGCUUUUGCUGUUGGAUAGAGUAAAAAUACCUACACAAUUGUUUCCUAGUAGGGCCCUUAAAAUUCCCUGUGCAGAGCAGGCAGAGAAAUAAGACACUUGUCUUAGUUGGCUGCAAGAUUUUGGGCCAGAAGUCCCCUCUGCCAUGGCAGUUUGUAGCAGCAUUCUUGGUACACUAAGCGUGGCACAUAUUGGAACAAAUGCAUUUUACUGCACAGGUAAGGAAUGUGCCACCAUUCCCUGUAUCCACCAGCCACCCCCAGACACACACACAGCCUUCUUGGAGACCUGCAGGGACUUGCAUUUCCAUAUGACACGUCAGCAAAAGCCCUACGCUUGAUUCAACCCCAAAUAUCCAUCCCUUCUCUUUAAGUUUGACAAAAUUUGUAUGGUAGGUGUAAAAGAAAACAAUAGUGAACUGUACCAUAUUAUUAACCCCUAAAUCAAACUUUUUUUGUCUUGUGUAUCUUGAUUUUUCUGUGUGCUUUGUAGUGAAGCAGCCGACACGAGUCGUUGUUCAUAAAACAGCUUUUGAAAGUUGAGAGCACACCCCUGGAGAACCGACUGUGCUUGCUUACGUUUGGUUCAUGACUUAAAAAUCGAGUACAGGAGUCAUUCCUGAUGAGACUAAGGCUUUGUCUCUCUUGGCACCAGCUAAUGCAGUGGCUGGGCUGCUGCCCGGAGGUGGACUGCUGCCCACUCCCAACCCACUCUCUCAGAUUGGUGCUGUCCCUUUAGCUGCUUUAGGAGCUCCUGCUCUUGAUCCUGCCCUUGCUGCUCUCGGGCUUCCUGGAGCAAACCUAAACUCUCAGUCUCUUGCAGCAGAUCAGCUCCUAAAACUGAUGAGCACAGUGGAUCCAAAGUUGAACCAUGUGGCUGCAGGUCUUGUCUCCCCGAGUCUGAAAUCAGAUACCUCCAGUAAAGAAAUCGAGGAAGCGAUGAAGAGGGUCCGAGAAGCACAGUCCUUAAUCUCUGCUGCUAUAGAGCCAGACAAAAAAGAUGAAAAACGAAGACAUUCAAGGUCGAGGUCACGCUCGAGGAGGAGGAGGACACCUUCUUCAUCUAGACACAGACGGUCCAGAAGCAGAUCAAGGAGAAGGUCCCAUUCCAAAUCCAGAAGCAGGAGGCGAUCCAAAAGCCCCAGGCGAAGGAGAUCUCAUUCCAGAGAUAGAAGCAGGAGGUCCAGGAGCACAUCCAAAACCAGGGAUAAAAAGAAGGAAGAGAAAGAAAAGAAACGUUCUAAAACUCCCCCCAAAAGCUACAGCACAACCAGACGAUCCAGAAGCACAAGCAGAGAAAGACGGCGCAGGAGGAGCCGGAGUGGAACACGGUCACCCAAAAAGCCCAGGUCUCCCAAACGGAAAAUGUCCCGAUCUCCGUCUCCAAGAAGGCAUAAAAAGGAAAAGAAGAAGGAUAAGGACAAGGAGAGGAGCAGAGAUGAGAGGGAGCGGUCAACAAGCAAGAAAAAGAAAAGCAAAGACAAGGAGAAGGAUCGAGACCGGAAAUCCGAGAGCGACAAGGACGUGAAACAGGUCACAAGGGACUACGACGAGGAGGAGCAGGGCUAUGACAGCGAGAAGGAUAAGAAGGAGGAGAAGAAACUGGCAGAGGGCUCUUCCCCCAAGGGGAAGGAGCCUGGAGCUGAGAAGGGCAGUGGGGACCUGGGCAGGGAAUCCAAAGUGAAUGGGGACGACCACCACGAGGAGGACAUGGACAUGAGCGACUGAGCCCCCUGGCCACCCGUGUGAUUCUUUUAUCUGUACUUGUUAAUCCUCAAUCUUAGAUGUAUCCAGCUCCGAGCUCUCCAUGGUCUGUCCAUCCUGUACUAACUCACACCCAAAGCUUGAUAGAGGGACCCCUGUGCUCCGGGUGGGGGGGACUCGCUGGGGCCGAGGCUGCAUGACCCCCCCGCAGCAUGGGCUGUGUGUGACCCCCCUGUCCCCCUGUAGUGUCCCGGGAGCAGGGCAGGGAUGCUCCGGCUGCUUGGGGCAUGUGGCACCAACACACACCUGGGGCAGCCCCUGAGCCUGACACGUGACCUCACACCAGGGUCAGCCUUUGAUCCCACCAGCUUUUUGUCCUCUUGGGUUUAGUUUUGGUUUUAAGCCAAGUGCUGGGGUUGAUUUGGUUUGGUUUUCCUGGUGGGGUUUGUUGGCUUGGCCAGAGUUAAAAUGCACUGACCUUCCUGAGGGCUCCCAGUCUGUUCAGUUCCAUCUGGGGCGAGCUGGGAUGGGUCUCCCCUCAGGAAAGGAAUCCCUGCCCUGUGCCCAGUGAUGGAGGGUUGGUGGAAGUUCAUCCCAGGUGCGGUUGCUCAGGAGCUCACCCACUGCAGCAGGGAGUGCAUUUUAAACUGACCUUGGUUUGCUUUUAAAGCAAGUCCACCCGAUAAUGUACUUUUUACUUGAUCUCAAGUUGUAUAAACUAAUGAGUUUGUGUUCCUGUCCCGCAGUGUCCCGUCCCUCCCCGCACACAAUGACCCCUGGAAUAUGCAGAGUAGUUAGCCAAGCUGUUCCUUAGUUCCAGCAGCUCCAGAGCUUUUACUUUUGUGCAGGUAAAGAGACAAAAGUAGGCAACAGUCUGUGCCAUGUCGAUGUACAGUUUCGGAAAUUGUUUUACAAAACUUUGAUAAUAAAACCCUGAAACUUAAACUCCUGUUCCUA